ACACCCUUUCAGACAGAAGCGUGGACAGAAUACGGUCUUGGCUCUGCUGUGCUCUUCCUUCGAUACUUUGCACGAUGGAGGACAGUCGGCUGGAAGGGUAUGCAGGGCGAUGACUACUUUGCCUUUGCAUCCCUCGUCUUCUGGACAGCUGAACUUGUCAUGCUGGAGCUGAUCGGCCAGAACGGAACCAACAUUGGUGUUACCGACGAAAUGGGCGCCAAGAUGACGGACGCACAAAUAGCAAAGCUGGAGUUUGGAUCGAAGUGUCUGCUGGCGGGCUGGAACUUUUAUGUUACGCUCAUUUUUUGCUUGAAGGGAGUCAUGCUCUGCUUCUACAGCCGAAUGACGCUUGGCUUAUGGCAGAGAAAGGUUGUCAUUUGGACACAGGUUGGCACCGUUCUCGCAUACUUCGGCGUCAUCACCGUCAUCUGGGCUCAUUGCACGCCCGUUCACAAGAAUUGGCAGGUGUAUCCAAACCCAGGAGAUGCGUGUACUUUGGCUGUCGCCAACUAUCUUACCCUGGUGGUACUCAACAUUGCAACCGAUCUAGUCAUUGUCUCGAUCCCGGUGCCUCUACUCUGGACGGUAAAGCUCAGCAUUAAGCGGAAGCUCAUAAUUGGAGUUCUUCUCUGCUCAGGCGUUUUCAUCAUGAUAGCAACUCUACUCCGCUGCGUCCUGUCUCUUCGAGAUAUCCAGGGCAUCAACACGUCCACCAUCUGGGCCAUCCGAGAAACAUUCGUCGGCAUCAUCGCAGUCAACGCCGCCGCAAUCAAGCCCCUCUUCUCAGCCUCCAGAUGGCUCAUCUCCAGC